GAUGGGGGAGGGGACAGCAGAGGAGAGAGAGGGAGCAUCUCCUGCAGGCAUUCAGGCUGCAGAAGCUGCGUCUGAUUGGCCGAUAGAAGCCUGCGACGUCAGCCUCGGCAGGCUGGGGGGAGUGGAGAGGAAACACAGCAAGGCUAGGAGGGAACCCAUACCACUCAAAUGAUCCACGAUAAGCUCUGAGGACGCUCGGCAGCUGCAUCUGAAAAGCUUCGUUGAUCUGCACACAAAAAUCACUGCCUCUGUCUCUGUCCAGCAUCAGGAUCCCAGCCUUCUGCCUCCUGCCUCAGCCAUGAACUACCUGCGCCGACGUCUUUCCGACAGCACCUUCAUCUCCAACCUGCCCAAUGGCUACUUAUCAGACCUCCAGAAGCCAGACCCUUCCCAGCCGCCUCCACCCGAAGCGGGUCAGCAGGCCACGCAGCCACCCGCCGUCUCUCCGACCCCUGAGAGGAAGCCCCAGCCAGCUGCCCAGUCCUCAGGGACGGGCUUCUUCAGCUCCAUCACCAACGUGGUGAAGCAGACGGCAGCCUCGGCUGGGCUGGUGGAACAGACACCUGUCCCCACGACCAAGAAGUUCAAAAUCCUCCUCGUGAUCGACGAGCCACAGCAGGAGUGGGUCAAAAUUUUCAGGGGGAAGAAGCUACAGGGAGAUUAUGAUAUAAAAGUGGAACAGGCAGAGUUUCGUGACCUGAAUGUGGUGUCCCAUGCUAAUGGGACCUGUAAUGUGGCUAUGCAAGUCCUUAGGAAUGGAACCAAGGUUGUGAGGUCAUUCAAGCCUGAUUUUGUUCUCAUCCGACAACACGCCUUCAGCAUGACUGAGAAUGCAGAUUUCCGCAACCUGAUCAUCGGGUUACAGUACGCAGGCAUCCCCAGCAUCAACUCACUGGAGUCUAUCUACAACCUGUGUGACAAACCAUGGGCGUUUGCUCAGCUGAUCAGCACACACAGGAGACUUGGACAAGAGAAAUUCCCACUGAUUGAGCAAACGUUCUAUCCAAACCACAAAGAGAUGGUAACCAUGCCAACGUUCCCUGUUGUGGUGAAAAUUGGACAUGCUUACUCUGGUGUGGGGAAGGUGAAAGUCGACAAUCACACAAAGUUCCAGGACAUAGCGAGUGUGGUCGCUCUCACACAGACCUACACAACAUCUGAGCCUUUCAUCGAUUCCAAGUAUGACAUCAGGAUUCAGAAAAUCGGCAAUGAUUACAAAGCUUACAUGAGAACUUCCAUUUCAGGCAACUGGAAGUCCAAUACAGGCACUGCCAUGCUGGAACAAGUGGCAAUGACAGAUAGGUAUAAGCUUUGGGUGGAUACCUGCAGUGAGCUGUUUGGAGGCCUUGAUAUUUGUGCAGUCAAGGCCAUUCAUGGCAAAGACGGGAAGGACUACAUUACUGAUGUGGUGGGCUCUUCAAUGCCCCUGGUGGGAGAUCACCAGGCAGAGGACAGGCAGCUUAUUGCUGAUAUGGUUAUAGCCAACAUGAACCAGGCUGUAGCACAGAACCCUAAAAGACCAACUACAAUUCAGCCAUCACAGAGCGUCACUCAGAAGGAAGCCAUGACGGACCCGAAGAAGCCCCCACCUCAAGGGGGCCGCUUGGAACCCCAAGGAUCAGUAUCUUCAUAUGAUCGGCCUUCUACUGGGGCAGCUAGCAAUCCCCAAAUCAGAGGCCCAACUGCUCUCACCACAGAACCUCCUCACAUUUUAAAAGAAGACAGAUGUGGCCCACCAGAGCCGACGUCACAAAUUCAGCCUGCCAAGCCUCUGCCUCCAAAGCGGCGGAAUUCAAAAAACCGUGCACAGGCCAGGCCUCCCGAUCCCUCAGCGACCACAGGCCAGCCUCUGACCAUGCGCCAGAGUCCAGUGGAGCUCCAGUCUCCUCCAACAUCAAGCCAACCACAGGCUUUUGAUUCCAGCCAACCUGCUUCUAAAGAACCACAACCACCAGUGGAGAAGGAGGAGCAGGCCCACCCACCACUUAACAAGUCUCAGUCCCAGUCCAGCACGUUUGGCCUGAGAGACAAGUACUUCUUCCGCGUGGCUGGUGAGGAUGUGGUCAGAGCUGAGGCCAUCCGAAGCCUGCGAGAGUCCUUCACCAGUCUCUUCUCUGACUGAGAGAAGAGCACUUGAACAGCUCAGCACUAAAUUGACCUGUCGUCCCACACUGUCGGAGUUAUAUCUGUACCUUUCCAUACAGCGUAUAGUGUCCAAGCUUGAAGGCAUAGUUUAGUGAAAGUAAAAUUUCCACAGUUUUAAUCCUAAAGCCAAAAUGAGAUGGCCAGCUAAAGCAUAUUCAGUGUGUAAAGUUUGCUUUUUUAGUUCUGCACAGGAGCUACGAGGCUAAAGCAGUUAAAAAAAAAUGGAAGGUUCUACCACACCAAUUAGCAUGGUGCUAACUGCAUGCAGUCAGUAAUCUCAAAUCGAUUCACUUAAGUCAGAGGUUCUUAACCUUUUUUGAGGGUAAAAAUAUUUCACAACCAUACCUGUGCCAACCUACCCUGCCUCUAGUCCCCCACUCCACACAUCCAAUAAAGAAACUACAGAUGAAUAAUCAAACAGUAAAUCUUCUCACUGACUAGGCCUGCAUUCUUUAGCUAGCACUUCACCACCAACCACCACAAACCUGUCACUGCAAAAAAUGCUUCAGCAAUCAAUCAAGCCUCAGUAACGAGCCCACCCAAAAGAAAUUCAUAGUCAACAUUAGCCUGUCUUCUGUGGCCUGUAGGUGGUGCCAUUAAGCCCAGCUUGUAUGCACUUGUCAAAAUUAUGGUGGACCACAUCAUGACCCCUAGGGGAGUGCCGACCCCCAAGUUAAGAAACUCUGUCAUUCUGGCUUAAGUGGUUUCCCUGCUAGACGCAUUAUUUAGAAAAUAUUUAAAUAUAUAAUAUACAAUAUACAGAGAUAACAGGGUGCUAUGAUCUGUAGGAAUAGCUGCUGUCACUCUGCAAGGCAAGUGUAGAGACUGCAACGUUAGUCAGAAACCACUGAAGUUGUGACAGGAUUUUGACAAGUAUCUAAUAGAGUGGACAGUGGACACCAUGUUUAAAAACUCCAGCAGCGUUGCUAUAAUAUGUCUGAUCUACUCGUACCAGCACAACAAGCACACCACCCAAAUAAAACCUGCUUUGCGGUGGUCCUGUGGGGGUCCUGACCAUUGAAGAAUAGGGUAAAAGUGGGCUAACAAAGCUUGCAGAGAAAAUAUGUUACUGUACAACUACAAAGUGGUUCUAUAUGGAAAGUAGACCUGAUGAAAUGGACAAUGAUUGUGGAAACAAAGAGGUGGUGAUUUUAAGGAACCCUGCAGAUAUAAAUGAGUUUGAAUGAAUGAAAGAGACAGGAACGCUACUAACAUCUCUUUAUAUUCUUUGCUUUUAUAUAUCUCUUGACUAUUUAGAAACAAUUAUAUCAGUUGUAGAUAUAGAUUGUUGUUUACAAUAAUGUCAAUUAAAAGGUCACUACGGGUCAGUUUCCGAGACAAGGAUCAAGCCCAGAUUUUGAAUGGAGAUGUUCUAUUGAAAGGAGACCAUAGUGUUUUUCAUAAUGGAAUUUACAUUCUACGUUAGCCCUAAAGCUCCAGUGCAAAACUAAAGAAACAAACUACAGGCCGCACACAUCUUGACUGACUGAUUACACUUGCGGUAAGAGGAGUUGUGCAAAUUGCAUUUCUUUUGCCAAACUAUUCCUUUAAUCCUACUUCUGCUUUUAUUUUCUUCUGUGUCGUGUCGUUGUCGCAUGUUUAAUGCAUGAGUGAGUUUUUUUGAUUUUGCCAUCCGAGUGAGAAGAAUACAAUGCCAUAUAUUUGCAUGUAAAACAGAUCAAGUAACAUAAAAAAGCCAUUUUUAAGUCAGGCGAACAAACCGUCUUAAAUGGUUUUGGUUUCUGUCCUGUGGUCGAAUGUCAAAGUGAUUGUAGGUAUAAGUGUGUAGGUGUAUACAGGUGUGUGUGACCUCCUUCUCGUAUUAGUUUUGAUCCCAGGUAUAGAAACUGCUCAGAAUGCAAAUUCAUUGUCAGUCAGUAAAGUGCUGUGAUGUAUGACCUUAUAUAUGAACUUCAUUCAUUUUGUCCUUUUGACACUAAAGGCCUUCAAGAAAAAAAGUCUGGUCUAACAUUUAAAUGGUCCGCUUUUUUUCUUUUUUAAUGCAAGGUUUGUAUGUGGUAUGUAAUUAAUGUUAGGAAAUCUACCAUUCACUCCCAAGUCCACAUAUGAAAACCAUGCUUCAAAAACAGCCUAUUUUGAAUUCAGUGUUUUUGUGAUGUCACAAGAUACACUGUAUUUGCAUGUUAUCCACCAAUUUUGUGCACAGUAGUUCAGUGCCACUUAUUCAAGUUGAAGUUGUAAGGAAUGUUUCAGUCUGGACUGCUUUCUGAAUGAGACACAAUACAAAACAGCCAAUCAGAAAUGAGCUCAUUUACAUAUAUCCAUCUUAAAGGCACAGUAACAAAAUCUGGGCUAAAAAAACACGAUACAUAAGAUAAUGGAAAUGAGAAUUAGUAAAUACGUUUUUAGGAGAUUACACCACCCUAAAGUUACAAGUGAACAUCCGGGGAAAAUAAAAUGCCAUAAUAAUGUUGAAUAUGCCAAUUUAUGAUGUGCUUGGAUUAAGGAAUGGUCAUGUUUUUUAGACUGGGACACAGAAACACAUGAGUAGGACUUGAAUACCAAGAGCAGGUAAGCAGACCCGUUUAUCUACAACACAUCAGUGAUUACAGAAGAACAUGCUGAAGACCAUAUGGUAGUCUUACAUAUUCACAUUCACAGCGGUGCGAGAAAUAAAAAACAACUCCCAUAUAAAGCUCGUUCUUUCUUUAGGAAAAUAUAGCUAAGCAAAAAUACUCCAUUAUGAAAAGACCUGGGUAAGAUUAAAAUAGUGCUUAACAUAAAAAAAUAGCUUUUUGCUGAACAGCAGCAACACAGCUUACAGAUUUUAAAGGUCCAGCACAACCAUUUCAUAUCCAGAAAUCUCAGCAGAUAAUAACACAAUCAAUUAGUGUUUUUCCCAAAGAUCUCUCCAACCCACCUUUAUUACUUUCAAGGAAAGGCUCUGAGAAAAAUCAAAUGUACAGUUGAAUGUAAAUCUUUGAGCCCCCACAUGUAUGACAUAACGUUAAAUUACAUAUUUUGUUGAUAUGUAAAAAGUUAACACUCUAAUCCUCUACAGAGAACACACUUUCUGCACAAUGAGUUCAUUAUAUAAUUGUACAAUUACUGUUGAUUUGACUCUCAACCUGCUCGUCUGGGUCUUUAUUAAGGUCGUGACUUACUGUAAACCAUAAAAACGAACAAAGCAGAGGAAACAAACAGCAGAUUGAGCAAUGUUUUGUGGACGUGGUAAUGGAAAAGAUUUGGGUGACUAUUGACUUUAGUGUUAGCACACAAAACAAGGCGAAAAACAUGCACGUUGUCUUUGCUUCUAUACACUUUCGUUACUCUCAGAGGACAAAUACGUUUAAUUGACUAGUUACUAGUACAUACCAUUUGUGUGGCCACCUAUAGUUCUCUACGCAAAAAUGACCAGCCCAUCCUGACUUAAGUUUAAAAGCGCCACAUUAAUUGUAUCACGUAGAUUAGAAGGUAGAACAAACUGUAAGUAGCAGCUUGAAGCAGUGUAGGUAUAAAAAAAGAUUUUUUUUUUAAAGCAAAAAUUGCAUUUAACAUGCACAAAUACACAAAACAUAAUUUAAAAUCACACUCUAGAAGAUCUUUGGUGUUGGGGUAUGUUAAAUAUUUUUGCACAGCUCACCUUAAAGCCAGGGCAAAAUCCAGUUGCUGUUCUAAUCUGAAACAAAGCUUUUGCUCAGUCGUGACAAACUAGGCAGAUGAGAGGUGUUUGUACAGUAAAUCUUGCGGUUACAGUCAUCCAUCGCCAAGGCUAAUAUGCAUUAACUGGAUUAGCCACUUCAUGUAAACAAGCAGUUCCCAGAAAUGCAUUAAUCAGAGCACUCAAAUUAAGUCGUCUGCCAUAUAGAUGAGAAAUGUGUACUGGAUGUGCUUGAGACUAACCUGUGCCAUGCUGUGUUUGUUAUAUUUGUCCAUGACUGUUAAUAAAUUUAAGAAAUGAU